AUGCCUUCCGUCUGGGACCACAAGGCCGACAAGGACCUGCUCCUGACCAUCAUCGACGAGGGCUCCUUGAAGAGCAUUGCUUGGCCGAGUAUCUCCAACAAGAUGGCCGAUAAGGGUUACAGCUUCACUCAUGAGGGAUGCCGCCAACACUUCCAGAAGAUCCGCAAGGAAGCUCGAAACGGUCACAACGCCCUCGAAACCCUCGCCCCCUCUCCAUCCAAGGCCAAGGCCAAGGCCAAGGCAGUCACCACCCCCCGCAAGGCCUCCAAGAAGGAGAACGCUCCAUGGGCCGACGGCGACGACAACAAAGACGACUAUGAGGACCUCCCACCACCAUCGUCCAAGCGCAAGCGUGAGGUCAAGAAGGAGCAGCCUCUCGAUCAGGAGAGCAGCCAGGCCUAUCAAUUCAAGGUCGAGUACAUGGGUGACGUUAAGCCUCAGAUCAAUUUUGAGAACGACGAAAUCUACGACUAG